AAGCAGCGCGGUAGGUCUUGUGAGUCUGACGAAAGGGGGUUGAGCUCGUGCUUUUUCUUGCACACAACUCUUUUUAUUUUCAGUAUCGCAAGAAGGCACCGUUAGUUUCCACAAAAACAAGAAGUUGUGGUUCCGAUUCAGCUUCGAGAAACUACUUUCCAGAGGGAUCCCAUCAUGAACGUGUCCCAAACCCUGGAGACCGAGGAAGACCUUCUGACAAGUCUUCAGAUAAAGCUGUACCACCCCCAGCAGUGCUCAAAGGGCAUGUUCAGUCUUCUAACUUUGGGCAGAAGGAUCAGGCAGGACGCUGACGACCCCCUCCGGAUGGGACGGGACGGACAGACUUGCAUCUUCGCCCUGGCCGACCAAAAAGUGUCCCGAAAGCAGCUGUCCCUCCAGGCGUACCGCACCCCUCAGAAGCAGGGCAUGUUCUUCACCGUCCAGAACUUGAGCAAGAAAGGGCGCCUGGUCGUGAACGGGACCGGGCUCGAGUACCUGGAGAGGCUGGAUCUGCCGGACAAGGCCCUGGUGCGCUUCGGGGAGUACGAGAUGCUGAUCGUGAGGGAGUCCGGAGAGGCGAAGGGCAGUUUUGAGGUGCAACUGGAUGUGCUGGAAGUGUCUCCUUUUACGGAAACCUGUGUUUGCAUCCCGACCACGAACCCGGUUAUGGACACUGGUUCUGACUAUACGCGUGGCCUCAUGUCCCGGGAGCCUUCGGAGUGCGACGAGACCCUGCCAUACCUCACGUAAUGGCAAAGUUUGGAUUUUUUUGGAGGGGGGCGGAUACUGUUACAUCUUUCAAACAUUCAUUUAUUUUUGUGAUCAAAGUGUUAUUAUUUGCAGUUAUACAUAUUCCAAGUAGCAUUGCAUUUUUCUUUUUAAACCCCACACCCUUAAACUCCCUGUUGAUGAGAAUCUGCAGUAAAAUACAUACACAUAAACACAUAUAUAGUACACACAUAUAUAAACAGUGUUGGGAAGGUGACUUUUAAAAUGUAAUCCCCUACAGAUUACAGAUUACACACCCCAAAAUGUAAUUUGUAACGUAAUCCAUUAUGUUACUUAAGGUGAGUAAUGUAAUCUGAAUACUUUGGAUUACUUGAUUUGCUGUAGAGAAACAAAGACGAGGAAAUCUUCACAUAAGAUGUUUUGUCUGAUAAAAGAAAAUAAAAAGACCAGACUUUACUGAACCAAAUUAAAAAUAUUAUUGAUAGAAGAAGAAGAGACAUGGUCCGCGCGACAUGAUUUAGUCCUGUUAAAUUCUGUUUUAGUCCUGGUUUUAGUCCUGGAUUAGUCCUGGUUUAGACCUGGUUUAGUCCUUCUUUAGACCUGGUUUAGACCUGUUUUUAGUCCUGCUUUAGACCUGUUUUUAGUCCUGGUUUAGUUCUGGUUUAGUCCUGGUUUAGACCUGGUUUUAGACCUGGUUUAGACCUGGUUUAGUCCUGGUUUAGACCUGGAUUUAGACCUGGUUUAGAUCUAGUUUUAGUCCUGGUUUAUACCUGGUUUAGUCCUGGUUUAGACCUAGUUUAGUUCUGGUUUAGACCUCUUUUAGUCCUGGUUUAGAUCUCAUUUAGAUCUAGUUUAGACCUGGUUUUAGUCCUUGUUUAGUCCUGGUUUAAGACCUGGUUUAGUCCUGGUUUAGACCUGGUUUUAGACAUGAUUUAGUGUCUGGUAAUGAGCGGAAUUACCGAAAAAAGUCAAGCCCAAAAUUAUUCAUACCUCUGACAAAUUUUGAUUUAAAGUGACUUUUAUUCAGCCAGCAAGUGUUUUCUUGAUUGGGAAUGACACAGACGUCUCCCAGGAGAUAAUAAGAUGAUGUACAAGAGGCAACAUUGUAGAAAAAAAAAAAAAUUCCAGGAAAAGUCCAGAAUUAUUCAUACCCAUUCCUGACUUGUGAGCGGCCACAAUACGCAGCCUUAGAUCCCCAGGGAGCUGCUUUGUCUUAGUCAUGACUGUUUGCAAACCAACCACAAAGACCUGUUGUCUUUCACCUGCUCAGUUGCUUAAAACAGCUCUUCCCGAAUGAAUCAGGGGAAUUAGGAAGUUUAAGAACAGCUUGGGCUCUUUGGAAUAGUAUAGAACUUUGGAUUUUACCAUAAACUCUGACAGUUUACAAAGGGUAUGAAUAAUUUUGGACACGCCACUUUUUCUUCAAAUGUAAACAAAAGAUGAGAAUUUUUAACUCUUUUUUCCCACAAUGACGCCUCUUGUACAUCAUGUUAUUAUCUCCUGUGUCAUUUCCAAUCAAAUUUCCUCCGUCAAAAGACAACAGCAGAAAUUGUGUUAUACUUAUUAUGUACCAAACAUAGAAAGUUGACAAAGAGUAAACAGAUUUUGAACAUUCUAAGAACAUAUAUUAUAAUGAAAAAUCUCCAGGUAACAACUAUACGAUAGACAAUGUUGGGAAGGUGACUUUUAAAAUGUAUUCCCCUACAGAUUACAUACACCAAAAUGUAGUUUGUAAUGUAAUCCAUUAAAUUACUUAAAGUGAGUAAUGUAAUCUGAAUACUUUGGAUUACUUGAUUUGCUGUAGAGAAACAAAGACUUGGAUAUCGUAACAUAAGAUGUUUUGUCUGAUAAAAGAAAAUUAAAAGCCCAGACUUUACUGAACCAAAUUAAAAAAUAUUAUUGAUAGAAGACGAGGAAACACAGUCCCGCACAGCAUGAUUUAGUCCUGUUAAAUCCUGUUUUAGACCUGGUUUAGUCCUAGUUUUGACCUGGUUUUAGACCUGGUUUAGUCCUGCUUUAGUCCUGCUUUAGUCCUGGUUUAGACCUGGUUUAGACCUGGUUUUAGACCUGGUGUAGACCUGGUUUAGUCCUGGUUUAGACCUGGUUUAGUGUCCGGCAAUGAGUGGAAUUACCAAACAAAACAAAAAAACAACAAAAAAAGGGAAUAGCCCAAAAUGUGAAAACAGGAAAUUAUCGCUGCGUAAUCCAUUUAUUUCAACAAAGUAACUGUAAUCCAAUUACCACUCACUGAAACAGUAACUGUAACUGAAUACAGUUACUCAUAAUUUGUACUCUGAUUAUGUAACUCAGAUUCAGAUCUCAUUUUGAUCAGCAGAUUGAACCGGCAAGGGAUGUUUUUGUUUUUUGCUCCGUGCAUUUGAGCAGCAGAAAGCUCCAGUUGAACAGAGCCAUUCUCUCACAGUCAGAGGUUGAACUGAUUUCCACCGGCAUAUUAUCCUUAUCUUUUAAACAUUUUAUGAAGUGUCCUUUAAUUUUCACUGGAGGGUCUUUAAUGUGUAGUAAUGUAAUAUUAUAUUGCUGUGUUGUACUGUGACAGUCAUUUUCUUAUGUUUACACGAUCAAUGUUCUUCAACUUUUACUUUAAACUAUGUGAUAGUGUUAAAAAAUAUAUAAAUGUUUUGUUUUUUUUUUGUUAACAUUUCUCUCAAAUGCAAACAUGCAGUUAACUUGUCUAACCAGAUUUGUAAAUCCUCUCACAUUUCACAGUUGAUUAUAGUAGUUGUAGUUUCAGCCUUCAGAGCACAUUGUGAUAUUUGGACUAUGAAGUUUAAUGUUUUAUGAUAGACAAGAUAAAAAUAAAAUCUUUAUCUCGAUGAA